AAGACAGCAACCUGAAAAAGCACAUCUACUCCAAUCAGUUGAUUGUACAAGUUCUUUUUACUACGAUACUUAGUUUAACUGUAUGAUUUUUUUAAAAUAGUGGUGUUUAUCGCUGUAAAAUGGCCAUGUUCCGGAAAGUCAGUAUUGCAAUUCUCUUGAUAUCAAGUGUUGCAGCAAAGCCCUUUGACACUGAAUACAUCGACAAAUCCGAAACGGUGACCGAGAUAUUAAGAGAUGAAAAAACCAAUGGUUCAAUAAGUCUGAUGGAAGAAAUACCAAAUUUGCAUUUGCUUGUCGUCGAUCAAUCCAACGAUACUAAAGUCAACUCUCCAAUACAGAAGCGCAGCGCCGAGGAGCUCGAUGAUCUGGAAACUGCUGCUGGUACUAAUGUCCUGCGACCGUUGUUUGUCUAUCGCCAACAACUUGCCUAUCGUGAGCGCGUUAAGAAAGGUGCAAUUAGACGUCCAGGAAUCAGACCGAGGUUUUAAGCACAGCUUUAUGCAUAUUUCUAGUACACACGAUAUUUUCAAGUUCAAAGUAUUUAGAUAGCUUAUUUAUCAAUAAUGAUAUCAUUACGAGUAAUAAUAGUUUGAAUUUGCAUAUAUUAUAUUUAAUUUUUUCUCUAUAUACUUCAUUGAGUCAAAGCAAAGUCAUGCAAAUUUUAACCUAUCGCCUCUCAUUAAUUUUAUUAUAAUACACAAAGAUAAUACGACGUGAUGCGAAGCUUAUGUUUCAUUUGUUUCAAGAUUUGAGAAUAUAAAGUACGAGAACACAAGAGAAAUAGUACCAACAAAUUUUACUUUAAAUAUUACAGAAAUUAUUUUUUUUCAAAAUUUUCAUACUUCUUGAUAGCGCCAUGUAAAAAGUUGAGCAAAAAUCAAAUGAGACUGAUCG